GAGCUGUCAAGGGCCAUGGAAGACCCAGCUGAUUAAGGUCAUUUAUUUACACUUAUUACACGUCAGGUGAUCAACACCAGUCUAUAUGACUCCCACGGUAUCAAGCUUUAAUCAUGGAUGAGCAAAGGUCAGAGCAGAAUGCAGACUGUUUAGAUGGAGAAGGGGACAAAGGCUGCAUUAUGAACCACAGCUCAGAGUCUUCAGAACAAAAUGACUCAUCCUGUAGCAGAGAGACAGAGGUGUCUCCAAUUAAAUGCAAUGUUAAUAUACCAAACGAUAGUAUAGAUGGAAGCCCAAGUGAUAAUGCAUCUGAAGAUGUUGUUGAUAAGUGUAUAAGGGUGACUGUAGAACAAAAUGAUUCUUUUUGUUCAUUGAACAGUGAAGCCAGUGGUGUCUGCAAUGAUGAAAAUGGUUGUAUGAAUGAGAGGCAGGUUAAAACAUUGUUAGGAACUCCUACCAGAACAGAUUUUGGGAAAAAAGAGGGAUUAGAUACUGAAGAGAAAAAUACCAGUCUUAUGAUGUCAGAAAGUUUUCUGGGAGAUGAGAGUGUUGUGGAGUUUACUGUAGACAAUAAGGAUGAGGAUGAGUCCACAGAUGAGGAGGAACAAGUGGAUGUGUUACAGUGUACCAGUGAAAAUAUCAAAGAUGUGAGCAGUGAAACAGAAACUACCGAAGAAAAUAAAUCAUUAGAGUCAUUAAACAGUGAUGAAAAAUUGCCUCCAUUACACUUGCUACCUCAAGAGAUAAAGAAUGCCAGCCUUUUAACAGAGAUUGAGGAUCUCUUGACUACGACUGCCUGCAGUCCCGACUCAGGCUUUGAAGUCAGCAAAAUUGAUGUCUCUUCAACAUCUAAAGAGAACCUGAUGAAAAUGAUCUCCAGUCUCCUGGAUGAGUGUGACACCUUAAAGAAAGAGAAGACAAGAUUAGAAGGGGAAGUUGACAGGCUGGAAGCUGAUCAAUCGGCUCUUGUAUACACUCAUCAGAUUGAAACUCUGGAAAAGACACUUGCACAGGCUCAGGCAGAUGCAUGUAGCUGGCAGCAGCGACUGAAGGAAGCAGAAGAGAACUACCUGGCGGAGAACAUCAAGAUCCGCACAGACCUCACUGCCCGGUUGGAGCGAAUGACUAAGCAGUAUGAGGCUGCCAACAAGGACAAGGAGUCUAUGGUCAUAAAAUAUGCCACUUCAGAAAGAGAGGUUAUUGUUGCCAGACAACAGAAGGAGGCAGUGGAAAAGAAAAUGAGGGAGAUGGAAAAGGAAAGAGAACAGCUACUGGGUAAGAAUAAAAUGCUGAUUGGUGAAAGAGCACGAAUCUGCCAAACACUUGACACAAAGGUCCAGAAGAUCAACUCCUUCCAGCGUGAAGUUGAUAGGCUGAAGGAAGAAGUUAGUAGUCGGGAAGUGAAGAUCAAGUGGGCCCAGACCAAACUAAAAUCAGAAAUGGAUGGCCAUAAGGAAACACAAGCCAAGUUGGACCGAGCUCUUACUAAAAUUACAAAGCACGAGGAAGAGCUCAAGUCAAUUAAGGAUGAGGCAGAAAAGGUUGUUCGCAGCACCAGAGAUGAUGAAAACUCCAGAGCAAAUGUCCUAGACAAGCAAUUACAGGAAGAGAAAGCACGACUCAUCAUGGAACGACAGGUCUUUGAGGACAGAGGGUCGGCCUUUAACAAGGUUUCAGCAGAAUUAGAAUCACUGAAAGCAAAACAUUCAACACUAGUUGAGGAAGCAACUUCCCUAAGAUCAAAGGUAACAACAUAUGAGGCGGAAAGAGAAGAGAGCGAGAAGUUAUUCACGAGCCUCAGGCAAGAAGUGAGAAAUGCACGACAGGAGGCAGGAGACCUCAGCCUCCAGCUCUCUAACUCAGCACAUCUUCAGCAGCAGCUACAAAGAGAGCGGGAGCAGUUAGCUUCAGCAACACAAGAGAACGAAAGACUCCAAACAACCAACAAUGAGCUAGAGAGCGACCUACUCACCUGUCGCCAGAAGGAGGCUGAACUUUUAGCCUUCACACAAAAACUCACUGACAAGAAUGUACAAAUCCAGAGUCAGCUUUCUGCCCUGCAAUCCAAGACUCAGCUUUUGGAGCUUGAACAUGGGGAGUUGAAGUCAGAACUGGAGAACAUUAAGGCACAGAGGAACAAGAUCAAGACAGAUCUUACCAAAGAAAACGAAAUGCAGAAUGCUCAAGUGGAAGACUUAACGCGGCAGCUUGCAGAGAAGGUUGAGGAAUUGAAGCAGCUAACGACCAAGGCAUCAGACUUGGAGAACGAAAUUCAUGUCUUGAAGAAAAAGCACAAUAAUUCCCUGAAGGACAUCUCCCGAGAGAUGCAGAAACUCCGCAAGCGUCUGGAACUCCAUGAGAGUGGAAAUGGGAAUGGCCCGGGUGGCAAUGGUGGGGGAGCAAGUGGGAGGUCUUCGCAGUCUGUGACACCACACGAUACCCUGUCCCAGGGGUCACGGGCCUCCUCCAAUGCCUCCUUGAAUAACAUUGAGUAUCAGAGCACCAAUGGGAGCAGUCCACAGUCUCAGGAGAACCUUCCUUCACUGAAUGACCCCUUAGUAACACAGCAGCUCCUGGUCGACCGCAUCAUCAAACUGCAAAAGUCGGCAGCCAAAAAGGCAGAGAAGAUUGAGUUCCUUGAAGAACAUGUAGCACAGCUAGUCUCAGAGCUCAAGAAGAAGUCACGUAUUAUCCACCACUACAUUAUGAAAGAGGAGGCAGGAGCACUGGCCAACUCAGCGUCAGACACCUCCAAGGCGGAACUAAUGAAACACGGAGGGAUAAUGGCCUCAGUGUAUGGAUCAUCUGCGCGGGAUGACACAAUGACCCUCGACCUCUCCCUGGAGAUCAAUAGAAAACUCCAAGCUGUCCUAGAGGACACGCUGCUCAAGAAUAUCACACUUAAGGAUAACCUCAAUACCUUGGGUGAUGAAAUAGCCAAGAUCUCCCUCCAGAAGCAGCAGCUGGAAACUCGGAAAUAGGAGAGUUGUUGCACCUUUUUCUCAGCGUGAGAGCGAGGCAUAACUCCCAGUGUGUACUUAAGAAGAGUCUUAUAGGUCUUCUGAGGGAGAGUAGACUCAUAUGAAAUGUCUUUCUUUUAUUCUCUCUUUUUUCAAUUAUUUAUUUUUUGUUUUGAAGUGCAAGAUUGGUUCAGCAGGCCAUAGCCCUGUGACUGGCUCUUGCCAGAAAGUCUCUUAAGCACUGCCGUUUGUGCAUUCCUUGGUGUGUUUGUGUGCAUGGGUUUGAUGUGAAUCAUUGCUGGAGAAAUAAGGCAGCCAAAGAGAGGAAAGCUUCUUUUGUUUUUUCUCAAAAGGUCAGUAAGUUUUGAAAUAUUAUGAGUAAGAACUCAUUGUUCAGUUGUUACAGAUGUGCAUUAAGCUAUUGCAGUUUAAUGUAAGGUAGUGCAGAAAAUUUGUUUUUUUUAAUUAACAAUUUAUGAUAAAUCUUGGUUUUAACAGCAGUUCUUGCAUGGCAUUUCCACUUGAGAAGAAAACAGUCUUAACUCUACUGAUCCCCUUUGUUGCAUAUCUCAGCUCUUUUUCAUACUUAUAAGACGUUGUUUUAUUAAGGCUGGAACCCCCCUCUCCCCUCCUCCCUCUUGGUAUGAAGGAAAGUAACUUGACUACAUUUCUCAUAAUCAAGUCCAGUUGCUAGGUGCAAGCAGUUAGCUUAGACUUGUGUGUUUGUGUGUUUGUAGUAUGAAAGAUAUCUGAUUUGAGGAAAAUAAGAAUGAUCAGAUUUUAUACCAACACUCUAUGGUUUUCUCAACUCUGCUUAUUUCUUGUGGGGAAACUGCAACAUUAGUGCAGAGAAACUAGUGAUAAUAGGAAUACCACAAAUCUUUGUGGUGUAGUAGGAGAUUAUAAUCUGUAAACAGUAUUUAUUCUGAUUGCAAAAUAUAAAUUACCAUCUGAAUAAUCUGAAAAUUUGCAGUUGAUACCUGAUUAUUGUAAUUAAGUGUGUCUCUUGGAAAUACUUAUAACUGUUAUUAGGGUGAAUGCUGACAUUGUAGGUAAAACAAUAGUGAGGUGUUCAUAAUUUUAUUGAAUAUUUUUUCUUUUAUCUAUAUUUUUAAAAAGAAGUUGUAAUAAGGAAAAGUCAAAAUAUCUGUUUAAUUGUAUGCCAUUGGUAUGUAUUUUUGUGCUGUUUUAUUGACUAUUCUUUUUUCACUUCUCCUUAACCUUCCUCCUCGAUUUCUUCUAAAUCUUCACAUUCUACUUCUCUGUUACUUUUUAAUGUGACUGCCUCAUUUACAUUCUGCUUUAAGGAUAUGAGUGCAUAAAGAUCAAAUUAACAGUAUUGGAUUAGGCCUUAAAUAGACUUUUAUGGUUUGAGGAAGUGUCUUAUCAUAGAAUAUAUUUUUUAAGAAGUUGAGCAAAUCUUAAAAAAAUAAUGAGUAGUUCAGUGUUUCAUUCCCUAGAGUAGGUACCAUAAUAAGAUUACGUGAUCUUAUUGUUCCACCAGUUUUAUUCCGGUCAGAGCAUUCUGAUGUUGAGUUUAGAUCUUCGAGUAAGAAUAUUUGGAACAUGAAUAUAUUUCCUAAUCAUAGUAGUGCUAAGGCAGGUAGGGCUAAUGCGGCAUAUAAUUCUUGUAAUUCAACAGCAUUAUAAACAUAUCUAAAUUGUUAGAUAGAUGUGGAUCCAGUUAGUUAUUUACAGUUUUUUUCUUUUUGUAAUAUAUUUUAAAAAUAUUUUUUAGGUAUGUCUGCGUUUAUCAUAAGUGAAGUUGAAAUUGUAUGAUAAAUCAGUGCUCCAAAUAUACAUUUCAUAGCAUUCUAGGACCUAAUUCCUUUCUUGACUGUUACUUGUCUCUCAUUAUCAUGUCUCUGAGUUUUGGCAUCUGGUUGCUAAAUGCUCAGAAACAGCCUUGAGUCUUUUGCUGCCUUCAGUACACUCGCAUAUCAUUAGAAGUUUGGUGAGGUGCAAUCUACGCUGAUUUGCAUGCGAUUUCAGUAGUCCCUCUUGUUUUGAUGAUUUGGGGAAAUGCUUCUUUUUCAUACAUCAGUAAUGGACUAAUGCAAAUACUCUAAAAAACUAAUGUAGACCUACUUUUCCCUCAUCUCCUUUCAUGGAAUUCUUUCUUUGUUACUAAUAUAAGACAUGUACUUGAUACUGAGAUAGCGUAACUGGUUUCAGGGAAAAACUACUUUUUAUUGUGCAUCAUAAUAAAGGGGAUGUUUUAAGGGAUAAUCCACCAAACAUAAAAGUAUGAAUAAGUUCAAUGUGUUGACUUCUUUUCAAGGAAAUAAUUAGAACAAGAGUUGGCAUCAACAUGUACAGAAUAUAUAUACAUAUACUUUCUAUUUCCCAUAUUUGCAAUGAGGAUUUUUAAAUGCUUUCCCUGUAAAGAGGAGAAAAGAGAACAAAUGGAAUAUGUGAAAUAUAUCCUAUGUACAGAAAAACCUUAUAUUUAGAGCCUGAUAUCUUGAACUCUUUAAAGGACUGCAUUUUCUUUCCUUUAUUGUCCAUGCAAAGACUUUGCCUCAGUUAGCCUUAAAAUGGUUAUUAUUUUAGCUGUCUUUGGUACAGGUAAUAAUAAUUGCAAUUGGAUUUUUACAUAGUCAAAAUCCAAUUUUCCUUUGGCUUUUCAAAUUAAUUCAUGAAAAUUCUCUUUCCAUCCCUUAAGUAUACUUUUUCUUUAUUUCUUUUGCUAUUUAACUUAUUUUUUGUUUUGGCAGAAUCAAGUAAGAACAUUGUCAUUAUUUUGAUUAACUAUUGAUAACAAACAGUAGGCUUUGUAAGGUUUCUCAACAUCUCCAAAAAUGCAGUAGACUACUCAGGUCGUUAAUUCACCUAGCUGGCCCACCUGCCUGUUCUCAGUGUAAGUUGUAUUUCCUGGGGAUCUGGCUCUUGAUUCAUAUUGAUUCUGUGAAUUCAAUAUAAAGUACAACAUCUAAUGUGUUUCAUGCAGUAUAACUUUAUUUGGGUCAUUAUAGAUUUUUUUUUUUUCUUUAAUUCAUAAUCUUUAACUUUGGGAUCCUAAGAAAGUUAUCCCUCUUUCCUUCAAGACGACACCAAAAACUAAAUUAACUGAAUCAUAAGAAUGAACAGUUGCAGAAUACUUUAUCUUGCAAGCUGUUAUCUUUUGUAAUAAAAGAAUAAUAGUUAGUAUUGAAGAUUACAAAUUUGUAAUAAAAAAAAAAAGCUUCAAUAUGUGAGAUAUAUCCUUACAUACCUGUUGUGCAAUGAUUCAUUAUGAAUCAAAUUGCUUUCUUGAAAUUAAUAAGUUAUUUUGUUUUAGUCAAUGUGUAUUCAAAAAAUCCCAGUGAAAGUAAUUUAAGUAAUUCACUGCAGUAUUCAAUGAUUCUUUUCUCAGAAUGCUGGCAAGAAAACCCAUUAUUUUUUAAAUAUGAUACCUAAUUUGGUAUUUUUUUGUUGAAAGGACUAGUAAUGUAUUUUAUUAUGUUCCAUAAAUGACUUGUGUAGAUUCUGGAAAUUACUUCUGUAUUUAGUUGUGGUUGAUUUUCAGGGAAAAAAGAAGAUAAAGAUUAGUUUGGUUAUACGUCAGCCUACCGAAACUCGUCAAAUUGGGCACAUUCCAUUCCAGUCCAACAUGUAAAUAUUUCCCAUUAUUCCUUUUAUCCUGCCUUCCAACGAGAAUGUUGCAAGAUGUUAUCUUACUUCUGUAAAGAUUUAGUUUGUUUAUUCUGUUAUUUCUUUCUUUGUCAUCUGUUCUGUCUUGUCUGUCCUGAAGGCUGUGAUGUACUUACGUAUUAUCAACAUGGGAUUGGAUAUUCGGGUUGAUAAUUAAUUUCUCAUUCUUUCUCAGUAUGAUAUCAGAUUUCCUCGUGUUAUAUGGAUCAACAAGGAAAUCUGUUACGUGCUACAACAAACUGUAUUGAUGAACAAAUUUCCGAAGUCAUUCUCUUUUUCUGCGUUGAUUUCCUCCUUUGAAUUAUGAUUUAUGAUUUGAAGGAAUAGCUUAGGUUUCACAAGUGCAGGAAUGGUUGUGUACAGGCAUAACUCCUCAGUUAAUAUAUACAGCACAGUGUAUAUUGUUUGGAUCUUAAUUCAUCUGGUCACUUCCGGAAACAUUAUAUUGCAUAUUUUCAUCUUAAUUUAUAGCAACAGAAGCCAGCUUUCUUUGUAUGACUAAGCAAUUUGAAGGCUUAUGUUUUUUUAUCCGUAGCAGGAAAAUAGGAGUUUUCUUUUAUAAUCACAUGCCAAUAAUCUCUGUCUGGUUGAUGUGCAGAGGGAGUGCAAAUUGAGUUCAAAAGUGAAAUACAAAAUUGAAUUAUAUAUUUUUCCUCUUCCCUAAAUAUUGCUCUGUAAAUUAGAAACCAAAAUCUUUGGCCCCAAAAACUUAUGUAUAUGAAUGUAAAAAUAAUUUUAAUAAUGCUAAUGAAAAGUAAAUAAAAUAUUUAAAGUGUACAGUGUUGUCUAAGACUGCACAGUUGUUAUAAUAAAAUAAAUCUGUGUUUUAAUA